UAAAGAAAAAAGAAGACAAGAAACGUAAGUGAAGAAGAGAAGGUAUAGGAGGAGCAGAGGGCUGUUUCCUCCAUCCAUGUCUUAAGCCAUUGAAACGUAAAUCUCUGACGGACCCUUCCUUUUCCUUCAUCUCCAUCAAAUCAAAUCAAAUCAAAUUUCGUUAUCACAUUCACAUACACCAAUUAAAAUAAUAUUAUUAAUCAUAAUCAGUAGUAACAGAUCCAUUUUUUCUGAACACAAUCCACAAAACCCUACUCUUCUAACCUUCCCGAUCCAUAUUCGUCAUGAAUUUAUUAUAUUUUGCUCUGUUUCUGUGCACGAUUUCUGUUUCUUCUUCUGCUACUUCCUCCUCCUCCUCCUCUUUUCCCGGUCGUUCGAUCCUUCGUGAGGUUCACGACAAUGAUCAAACUGGAACAACCGAUCAUGAUUAUGCUGUUGAGCUUAAUGCCACUAAUUUCGAUGCUGUUUUGAAAGAUACUCCUGCUACCUUCGCUGUUGUUGAAUUCUUUGCCAAUUGGUGCCCUGCUUGCAGGAAUUAUAAGCCUCACUACGAAAAGGUUGCAAAGUUAUUUAACGGACCUGAUGCAGUGCAUCCUGGAAUAAUAUUAUUGACAAGGGUAGAUUGUGCGUCAAAGAUAAAUAUUAAGCUUUGUGAUAAGUUUUCUGUUGGUCAUUAUCCUAUGCUCUUUUGGGGCCCUCCUCCUAAAUUUGUAGGCGGUAGUUGGGAACCUAAACAAGAGAAAAGUGAUAUACAUGUGAUUGAUGAUGCACGCACAGCUGAUCGGUUGCUUAAUUGGAUCAACAAGCAAAUGUCCAGUUCAUUUGGUCUGGAUGAUCAGAAGUUUCAAAAUGAACAUCUUUCAUCUAACGUAUCAGAUCCUGAACAGAUUGCAAGAGCUAUCUAUGAUGUUGAAGAGGCAACUUCUUUAGCUUUUGACAUCAUCUUGGAGAACAAGAUGAUAAAACCAGAAACUCGUGCUUCGCUUGUAAAGUUUCUCCAGGUUUUGACAGCCCACCAUCCUUCUAGGAGAUGCCGGAAGGGUGCUGGAGAUUUACUCGUGAGCUUUGCUGACUUGUAUCCAACAGAUUUUUGGUCAUCUCAUAAGCAAGAAGAUGACAAGAGUUCAGUUAAGAACUUUCAGAUUUGCGGAAAAGAGGUGCCACGUGGAUACUGGAUGUUCUGCCGUGGCAGUAAGAAUGAAACCAGAGGCUUUAGCUGUGGCUUAUGGGUUCUUCUACAUUCACUUUCUGUAAGGAUUGAGGAUGGAGAGAGUCAGUUUACGUUUAAUGCAAUAUGUGAUUUUGUUCACAACUUCUUUGUCUGCGAGGAAUGCCGUCAGCAUUUUUACGACAUGUGUUCAAGUGUUUCUACUCCAUUCAACAAAGCCCGCGACUUUGUUCUAUGGUUGUGGAGUUCCCAUAACAAGGUAAACGAAAGGCUGAGCAAAGAAGAAGCUUCUCUAGGUACCGGUGAUCCCAAAUUCCCGAAGACAAUUUGGCCUACAAAGCAACUUUGCCCUUCCUGUUACCUUGGCCAUGACCAGAAAAGCAACAAAAUUGAAUGGAACCAGGACGAGGUCUACAAGGCUCUGAAGAAUUAUUACGAGAAAACGCUUGUUUCUCUGUACAAGGAGAAGGACAUUGCUGGGAAUGACGGAACUAAAGGAGCCGCACUUGAGGAUUUAAUAGUCGGGACAAAUGCAGUUGUGGUGCCUGUCGGAGCUGCUUUGGCAAUUGCUGUCGCUAGCUGUGCCUUUGGAGCACUUGCGUGCUACUGGCGUUCACAGCAAAAGAGUCGGAAGUAUUUCCAUCACCUACACUCUUUAAAGAACAUAUGAUUAUUAGGAGGGCCAAAGAGAACGUGGAAUUAGGAAUAGUGGAUACAUACACAGAAAAGCAUAUGGAUAGAAGCUUUUGUAGACGUUCGAUUUGAAUUGAUUGUCUCUUGCUUCAAAGGGCAUUGUUAACCUCCUUUAUGAAUUAAUUAUCUUUUCUUGAUAGAAUGUACAGAGUACAAAUGUACAAUUCUUGCUCUUGGAUAUCAUUACUCAUUUGUGCUACUUUCUUUUGGGGGAAAGGAGCACAUAACGUGUAACAUUUUUGCUUUGUAAUUUUGGGUUUUAUUUUAUUUUAUCAUCAACGCAACACUAUAAGUUAGUUAUAAAGACAACUUACAUUACUGUAGUAGAUCA